UUAACCUUAAAAUGUCAUAACAAUCUUUAUCUUGACAUUUUGAUGACAAAUCUGCAGAAAAUAACCACCAAGAAGAAGUGUUGCCAUUUCAUGCAAUUUGAAUUGCAAAUAUUCAGUUUUUCAUAAGUGAUGUUUAAAGAUAUCAGAGUGAUAAACUAGCGUACAAUGUUACUGAUAGUCAAACCAUCAAUACGAGUGCAUCAACUAAUGUCAUGCAUUCGUGGAAUUUCACUGAAUCCUUCUUCGAGGCAUCUCUUGCAACCGAACCGUACUUACACAACCACCAAAUUGAAUCGCAAUUCCAUCAAUAAAAUAGCCAACCUGUUCCAUGGGAAACAUCGGCUGGUAACACUAAUUACGAAACGCUUUACGACGACAAACAUCAAAAAUGCUGCUCAACAAGUUGCCAAAGAAAAUGCUCGACCCAAAGGAUCCGAUUUCUAUCGACUGCUCUUAUUGGCUAGGAAAGAGAAAUUGGUGUUUCUGGCUGCGAUGGGAUGUCUGCUGGUGUCAUCUUCCAUCACUAUGGGUGUUCCAUAUUCGAUCGGGAGAAUUCUUGACAUAAUAUUUACGGAGCAAGUGGCUAAGGAGAAACUGAAAGAGUUCUGUGCCAUUUUGGUUGGAAUAUUUGUGGUGGGCGGUUUCGCUAACUUUGGACGCAUUUACCUGAUGAAUGGUGCUGCCCUUCGCAUAAUAAAGGAAGUCCGUGCUAAGGUCUAUCGAACAAUGAUAAACCAGGAAGCCGGCUGGUUCGACACUAAAGGCACCGGAGAAUUGGUUAACCGAUUGUCCAACGACACCUAUAUCAUUGGCAAUUCGUUCAGUCAAAAUCUAUCUGACGGUCUGCGGUCGAUUGUAACAAUUUGUGCUGGUACAUCGAUGAUGGUUUAUACGUCGCCCGAGCUGGCAAUGGUGAGCAUGGGAAUAGUGCCUUGUGUUGCCGGUUUGGCCAUUGUGUACGGACGAUAUGUGCGAAACAUCACCCGACAGAUUUUGGACAAAUACGCGGAAAUUAUGAAAACGGGCGAGGAACGACUGAACAACAUCAAAACGGUGAAAAUGUUCUGCAAGGAGGAGUACGAGAAUCAACUGUUCGAUAGUCAAUUGGUUGACGCACUAAAACUGGGGUAUAAGGACGUUUUGGCACGGGCUACUUUUUACGGAUUGACAGGGUUUACGGGAAACAUCAUCAUCAUAUCAGUGCUGUUUUACGGCGGAUCCUUAGUUACAGACAACAGUAUUACCAUUGGCGCUCUUACCUCAUUCAUUCUCUAUUCGGGCUACACCGCAUUGUCGUUGGGUGGUUUGGGAAACUUCUACACCGAAAUGAAUAAAGGAGUUGGUGCUGCUACCCGUAUCUGGGAGAUUAUCGAUCGUCGUUACGAAAUACCAGUGGAAGGUGGAGUAACAUUUGCCGAGCGACCCAUCGGUAAAAUUCAAUUCAAGGACGUGACAUUCAGUUUUCCAGCAAGACCAACCAACCCCGUUAUAAAUAACAUGUCAUUGACACUUCAACCGCGCACAGUUACGGCAAUCGUGGGUCGAAGUGGUUCUGGCAAAACAACCAUAGCCACGCUUCUCUUACGUUUAUACGAUCCACAAUCCGGAUCAGUAACGCUGGAUGGAACGGACCUCAAAACACUCAAUCCAACGUGGUUGCGUAGUCAUAUCGGUGCGGUUAACCAGGAACCGAUUCUGUUCAGCGGCACAAUUCGUGACAAUAUUCUCUACGGAUUGAAUGCGGAUGAGGAAAUCAACGAAGAGCAUUUUCAGCGUGUCAUCAGAGAAGCGCACGUUGAUGAAUUCGCAAAACAAUUACCUAAUGGCUUGGAAACCAUGGUCGGCCAGCGUGGCAUGAUGUUGAGUGGUGGCCAGAAACAGAGGGUUGCAAUAGCAAGAGCACUGAUCAGAAAUCCAUCAAUUCUCAUCCUCGACGAAGCUACCUCAGCCCUAGAUGCAGUAUCCGAAUCGUUGGUUCAAAAUUCGAUUGAAAACCUGUCUCAGGGACGAACAGUUCUGACGAUCGCUCACCGACUGAGUACAAUACGGAAUGCGCAAAAUAUUUGUGUGUUGGAUGGCGGACGUGUCGCUGAAUUCGGGCCAUAUGAGGAGUUGAUAGCAAUUGAGAAUGGGGUUUUUAAGAACUUAGUACAAAAUCAAACUUUCGAUACACCGACCAGUGUAGCUGAAUCUGUUCCAAGCGAAUCCGAUUCCAAGACAUAGCCAUAAAUUUCGUUGUCUAAUAUUGUUCGUUUCGGAUGAAGUGUGAGAGAGAGCUCUAUAUAGGUGAAGUGUGAUAAAUUAUUUUUUUUCUUGUUUUAGCGGAAUAGUAAUACAAAUAUGGUGACCAAAAAACA